AUGAACAGCAGUAACAAGUUAUCGCUUUCCAGUGCGAUUCGGGCCGAGGUACGGCGACAUGAAACUGUAAAGAACAACUUUGCUAAACUUUUCAAGCAGUUGGAGAGGGUCGACGACCAACAGCUUCGCUCUGGUUUAAAAGUUUACCUUCACAGCAUCCAAGGUAAGCAAUUCAAUAGGCCUAGCCCCAGAGCAUGCCAUUGGCUCCCACCAACCCACUUUAUCACGCAAAAUUCGUGGGCGCAUUUACAUUGAAAUUGAAUUAUAGCCUACCUGUAACGAAAAUGCACCCAUUUAAAACUUAAUUUCAAAGUGCUGGCAACUUGAUAGGCCAUUGCAUCUGUUCCUUUAGCCUUGCUCAAAUUAUUCAGUGACACAAUAAUUGAUUGUCAGACUUGUUCUUAGACUGUGUGCAGGGUGGUGUCAAAGCUAGCCUUUAUGAUGACUCCAAUUCCAUUGCAUGACAUUGGGUCAUUGGACGUCCCCUUUAGCCCUGUGAGGGGAAUGCCCAAACACUGCCCAAAUGCUAGAUCUAGAGAGGAUGUGUCAUAUCUCAGCUGGAGGCUGUGUUAUUUGCAACUUUGCUAAACUGCAGACAGUAAGUGUAUCUUUUGUAUUUGAAAGAUUAUUUCUCGCUGGUAUGAAAGUUAAGUUCCAAAGUUUUCCAAAACCGUAUCGCAAGCGAAGAUUGUUAACGUUUCUAAACGUUAAAACAGAGCCUGGGGAUUGUAGUUCACAUGGAGCCAGCUGUGGUCCAUACUUUCAUCUGAGAACCCAAAAGAGGGCCCCGAUUUGGGCCCCCUUGGGUUCUCGAGAGCUAGGUGGUGUCAUGUCCCAUGUCUCUUACAUGACCGACAACCUCCAUAAGUUCUAUUGAAAGUCUGGUGUAAACUGUUGCAAGAAUUGAAUUCAGAGAACUUAUGACAAUUGAGCAUGAAGUAAGUGUUUGAGAACAGGAAAUUAUGUGUUUCUAUAGAAACCUAUUUACAAUGACAGAGAGAGGAUGCAGCAUCACUCUUCCGAUAACAUGUAGGCCUAAGCCUAAAUGACAGAAAGGGAAGGAAGUUACCCUGUACAACCUCUUUAAAAUAGGCCCCUGUACUCACUUAUUACUGGUAAUAGCAUUUUUAAUAGCUUCUAUGGCAUGAGAAAAUGUGGGGGGUUGGGGUAUUGUCAAAUGCAUAUGCAAUAUGCACAUCCAAUAUUCAUACCCUUUUAUGGAUGCACAUAAUGUAUAUUAUAAAUAUGAAGCAUUGAGACAUUAUUUGUUGUUGUGUUAUACUUGAUCAAUAUCUGUUAGGAAAUUGAAGCGAUGUCUAGACUGUUUUCUCCGAAGUGCAGCUUCAAAAACAACUAAAUAUGAGACGCUCUAUUUAUACUUAAUCACUGAGAGAUUCUAUUUGGACUCUGAACGACCCAAGGCUUGUCUGAACACUCUGAUUCUCUUUUUAUCCCAUUGUCUCCUCACUUCAGCUGAGAAAGUGGAAGUCCUAUAUUACAGCUCACUCUGCUUAGCUGACUUCCACCCAAAACCUCCACCCAAAAUGUUUUUGUAACUGCCUCAGCUCCUGUACACAACCAGUAGCCAUAGAGAAAUACAUACUCACCUUCCUUUUAUCUGACUUUAACAAAGAAUCUGUAUGAUGUGUGUUUAACUAGAGACCAAACGGAUUGAGAGAGAGAGAUGGAAUGCUAAUUGCAGAGGUCGAAGUGACCAAUGAACCCACAGUAUUUAAACACUUCACCCCAAAGUCCACAUUUUAGUAUUUUUGUAGGCCUAUGUCCCAAAUGGCACCCUAUUCCCUUUAUAGUGCACCACUUUUGACCAGGGCCCAUGUCCAAAGUAGUGCACUAUGUAAAAAAUAGGGUGCCCAUAGGACACAGAUUCAGUUUCUAGCCAGGCGUGUGUCAGGCCCAAGGUUAUUAUAGUAAACUAAAACUGAACUAAAGAUGAAAAAACAAUUUUGUAAACUGAAAUAAAAUAAUUAACAGACCCGUUUGAAACUAUUAUAUUUGACUCCAAAACGAACUAAAGUAAAAUAAAUACUAACAUGAAUUAUGUUCCGUUUUAUUUAUUUUUUCUUCUAAACUUUGGGCAAAAAUCUAAAUGGGGUUUUCAAGCUUCUGAAUCUGCCGGGUAAAUGCUGACAGGAGAUGUCAAUGUUCAAAUAGGCCUAGCUUGUGUAUCACUAUCACUAGCUAUCACCAGGUAACAGGGAAGAAAUCCGCUACUUUGAGUCCCUAACACUAGAACUCAAACUAAAGAAAAACGAGUAAAUCAGGUCUGAAAACGAAUUGAAACUAAACUGAAUUUCAAAUAAAAAUCGAAAAACGAAUAGAAAUAAAAACGAAUAUAAAACCACCAAACUAUAAUAACCUUGGUCAGGCCCCGUGUCAGUCAGCCCAGUACGCUACAGCUAGAAACUGAGACAGGACUGCCAACAGACAGUAGGAAUAGAGAGACACUGAUGUAUCAGUGUGACCAUGCUGUGUUGACAGACAUUCAUGUUCCUUCAAGUGAUGCAGACAACACCUUGUAUCUCUCUUCCUAUACAGUAUGUCUUUGUGACUUCUAUUGCUAUCUAUGCAGCCUCAUAUGUUUUGCUACUGUUUUGGUUAAAGCUGCAAUAUGUAACUUUUUGGGCAACCCGACCAAUUUCACAUAGAAAUUAGAGUUAUAGAUCUGUCAUUCUCAUUGAAAGCAAGUCUAAGAAGCGGUAUAUCUGUUCUAUGUGCGCUAUUUCUAUGCGUUCUGUUCUUAAGUUUAGUUUUUGCGUCUUUUACUUUCAGUUUUGUACACCAGCUUCAAAUAGCUGAAAAGAAAAAUUUGAUUAUUGAAAAUACAUUUCACAGCGGUUUGGAUGCUAUAAUGAUUCUCUACACUUGUUUUGUUUGUUUUGUCACAUAAACUGAAAUUAGGCACAUUUUUAUCGAAUGUUAGCAACCAGGAAAUGACGGAGCGAUUUCUGCAUAUUGUGCCUUUUAAAAAUGGUUACCUUUCCUCAUCCUUACAUCCUUACAGCAUUGCACAUCAAGCAACUUCCUCUCUUUGGUACUAGUCACGUGUUUGCUUUGAUUCUACAAACUGUAAAUGUGGUAAAGGAUGUUGUUGGAUUUACUAUUCAAUUAUCGUAUCUGAAUCUAACAUGAAACAAACCUCCAUGCCCUGAACUAACAAUCGUGACACAAUAUAAUGAGCAAUCAGGUUUGUUGUGCGUUUAUGCACGUUGUGGUUACCGAUAGCGUGUCCCUGAAAACGUUGUCAUGGCAGCGGGACUCGUCGUUGUUGGCCCCAUAGAAAUAUAAUUAAUUAUAUUUCUAUGGUUGUCCCUAUUACCUCUGUCUGUCUGCAGAGCCACUUCCUGCCUCAAGGAGACAGGCAGACAAUUUGGUACAGCUUACUCCCUCCCCUGCACCCUACUUACUUCACAAAUAAAAAAAAUGCUCCUUACCUUCCCCAUACUGUUUCUUUCAUCACACACUUGUACAGUACCACCUCAAGCGGCACUCCCUGGACUUAACCUAGCUCCUCCACCCUAAUUCAAGCACUCUCAUCUUCACCCCCAUAAAUGCACCCGCCCCCGUCUUACCCCCUAUCCUCCCUCCUCUCUCUUCUGUCCCUCCACCUUGUGCUGUCAUUUAGCCUUUCCUCACAGCAGGUUACACUCCUUGUCAUGAGAUCUGUCCAAAUGUCACGGACACUAUUCACCUUGACUACCAUCUCUAUGAGAGACACAGAGACAGGAGACCACAGCUCACUGCAACACACCCUCUGGCUUCUCUCCACUGGUGUGGCAGUUAGACGAUUCUGUUUAUGUUAUCCUAAUCUCCAGUCCUAAUCAUUCAGAUGCAGACUUGUCAGUUGCUCUCUUUGUGUUAUUGCAGAUCUCAUAUUUUGCAGUUUUGCGGCAAUUAGGCCGAUUCGAAACACCCCAGAUCUUCUCUCAAGAGCUCUGAUUAGAUUUCUGAACCCACUCCCCCUACGCGUGCGCGUAUGUUUCAUUCUGCAGUGUCUGUGUGUAAGGCGUGUAGGCACAUCAUUCCAACCUACGCACUCUUUUAUGUGCGUUUUCCAUCAUGGCAUUUGCAUUGCAGAUGAUUCAAGGGUCAUAAGCUCUGUGUGUGUGUGUGCCCCCCCCCCCCCCCACACACACACACACAAACACACACACACACUGCCCGCACCCUUAAUGACAGGAGGAUAUUAAUUGUCAUUACGAUGUCAUUAUGAUGUGUUCCUUUAAGAAAGAGGUCACACCUCAGGAAGACAAGUUAGUACUCUGAUGCCGGCAAUUACACCAGAAAGCAGAACAGAGCUUGUGUCAAUUGUCAGAUUAGCAUAAGGACAACGGUGGGCCGUGGUCCACCGAGGAAAGGGAACACAGUCUUUCUUUACACAGUAAGGUGGUGGUGGCCUUGAUAAAUGUCACAGCAGCUAAAGGAACAAUGACAACAAUGACAUACAAACAUGACACCACGUUGAAUGCUAUGGCUUCGUCACCCCUCACUGGAAUGUUUGUCUUGUGUGUGAUCUUUGAACUUUGAUGUGCAGUUUGCACUUGUUGUGUUCAAUGGAUAUUUGAUUUAUUUAGUUCACAAUAUGUUUUUACAUGCUUUACCAUUCAAGUACCUCACCUGUGUGUGUGUGUGUGUGUUCUCUCUGAGGUUCUAUAUGCAACAUUUUGUGUACGUGUCACAGUGUAAUUUAAGUUUAGAGGGGACAUGAUUCAUCACCACACUCUGUGGGUGUCCUUCACAGAUUUCAGCUAAUUAAACAAGUGACACAGGUGGGUAACACCCACGCACACACACACACACACACACACACACACACACACAGUGAAGCCCCUCCCACAGUGAGCACACAAAACAUUCAGCCACGUACAUGUAAACACGCAUACACAUGCUGGAUAUCACGUGACAUGUAUCAUUCAGUCAUGUGAUUAAAGGAUGGGCCAAUUAUGAUAAUGUGUUACAGUUUCUAAUAUUGGACCUACGCUUCUCUUUAUUGUGUGAGUCACUAAUGAUGAACAAACAAAGUGCGAGCAUAAUCUCUCUCUCUCCUCAUGGCACCUUUUCUUUCAUUCAAUGUCUGACACACACACACAAACACUCACGGCAAGGAGAAGAUAACAUUUUCCCCUCCCAGGCCCACCCAUGGUUGCGCCCCUGCCCAGUCACGUGAAAUGCAUUGAUUAGGGCCUAAUGAAUUGAUUUCAAUUGACUGAUUUCCUUGUAUGAACUGUAACUCAGUAAAAUCGUAAAAAUUGUUGCAUGUUGCGUUUUAUAUUUUUGUUCAGUGUAUAUAUACAGUGCAUUCGGAAACUAUUCAGACCCCUUGACUUUUUCCACAUUUUGUUACGUUACAGCCUUAUUCUAAAAUAUAUUAAAUUAAUGUUUUUCCUCAUCAAUCUACACACAAUACCCGAUAAUGACAAAGCGAAAACAGAUUUUUUAGAAAUGUUAGCAAAUGUAUUAAAAAUAAAGCUUCACCUUCCAACAGGACAACGACCCUAAGCACACAGCCAAAACAACAUAGGAGUGGCUUAGGGACAACAUAGGAGUGGCUUAGGGACAACUCUCUGAAUGUCCUUGAGUGGCCCAGCCAGAGCCCGGACUUGAACCCGAUCAAACAUCUCUGUUGAGACCUGAAAAUAGCUGUGCAGUGACGCUCCCCAUCCAACCUGACAGAGCUCGAGAGGAUCUGCAGAGAACAAUAUAGCGUCUCGAGGCUGUAAUCGCUGCCCAAGGUGCUGAGUAAAGGGUCUGAAUACUUAUGUAAAUGUAAUAUUUCCUUUUUUUUUUCUUUUUUUUUUGCAAAAAAAUCUAAAAACCUGUUUUUGCUUUGUCAUUAUGGGGUAUUGUGUGUAGAUUGAUGAGGGAAAAAAACAUUUAAAUCAAUUUCAGAAUAAGGCUGUAACGUAACAAAAUGUGGAAAAAGUCAAGGGUUCUGAAUACUUUCCGAAUGACUUUUUUUGACCCCCUGCAGUACCUCCGCAAACCCCAGUUUGAAUAUCCCUGGUUUAGAGAGAGAGGGAUGAAGGAGACAGACAUGUGACUCACUACUGUAAUGCCCUGGAGCUCCAAACACCUUGGUCACAGGCAAGCCCACCAUGUGAGAGAGGUGGAAGAGAUGGGGGGGGGGGGAGUAGGCUGUUGCUACCCACAACGCUUACUGCUUAAGAGGGGGUUGACGGGAACUUUUCUGGAGGGAGAUGGAGCUAGUGUGACUGCAAAAGACAGAGAAGAGGGAGAGGAUAGAAAGAGCCUUCUCCCCUCUCCUGUCUCUUCCACCUUUUUCCAUCUCUCCUUUUCCCUUCCUCUAUCUCCUGCAUUCCUCUCCUCUCAUCCACCUUUAGCUACCCUCCUGUCUGUUCCUCUCUCUCUCCUCUCUACGCAUCCCCUCCCUUUUCUGUUCCCCAAGAUUUAUGACCCAUUCAGUUUGUUUUCAAACCACCUUAUUUAUUUGUUGGUUAUACCCUCCCCCACACAUACUCUCCUGUUCAUUUCUCUCCUAUCCUCCUCUCUCUCUCUCUUUCUCUUUCCUCCCUCGCUCUCUCCUUUCAUUCAUCCCUGUGACGUCUGUGGGAUUUUUCAACUAUUUUUUUUCCUCCAGUGCAUCAUCGCUCUCUCCCUCUUUCCUGAGAGGCAGGAUGGGAGGGGAGAGAAGGAGAGAGAGAGCGGGAACUGCCCGGAGAUUGCCUGAAAAAGAGAGCGUGAGGGAGAGAGACAGAGAGAGCAAGUGAUGGGUAGGAGGAGGCAGAGGUUUUUGUCCUCUUUGUUUUGUCUGAUCCGACACGAGCCACAGAACGUGUGGGCUUGACCGAGGACAGGCAUCUCUUCCAGGACGCAUCACCCUCAGCCUUCCCCUCUGUCUGUCUGCCUGCCUGGAGCUGAGGCUGGAGCUGGAUUAGCUGUUGGCUAACGGAGAGGCUAGUGGCCCUGAGGAGAGCUGGAGGAGGAAAGGAGGAGGGGCUGAGCUGAGCCAGUGGGCUUGCGCUCUGCUUCACAGACACAUUUUAUUGACUUGCUAAUUGCCUGAGACACCCGGAGGAGAGGAUGCAGUGAGGGAAGGGAGGGAAGGAACCUACUGUACAUAAGAGUAUUACAGGCAGAGGAACAGAGAAACAGUGACUGUGUUCUGCCUAUCUGGCCACCAUCUCUGCUUCUCUUUGCUGGGGGAAUUACAACAGAUGUUUGCAGCCUGCCUUUCAUUGAUCCAUGCGACGUGCAUACGUGAUUCAUGCAUGACAUUAGUGUGUCUUUGCCUCGCAUGCAGUCGGAAGGAGAGUCUCGCCACCACACGCUUUGCGACACGUAAAUGAUUUCCAUAUUUAUGUUUUUUCUCAUAUUUACCUUCAAAAUGUUUUUCCUCUGCUGGGUCAGCUAAAGCGGUUGUUUGCUGUGUUGCCUGCUAUGUCUGGUUUGUCUUUACCACGGUACAUACCCUUUGGUGUCUGUGACGGUGCGACAUAAAAAUGGCAACAAUUAUUUGUUAACCAAUCAAAUGUAAUGGGAAUAGGAAAAUAAGAAGUUUCUGAAGCGUACAAUGGAUAUUCUUCAAUAGAAAUGAAGAAAUGAUCUGAAGAAAAGCUUACAGACUGAAGACUGGCUUGAGGCAGUUCAUCUUGUGUGCUUUUGUGGAGUGGGGAACUACGUAGUACAGUCUUGGUGGAGAAAUGGACCAAGCUCAUUUGUUGACUCUAUCAUAAUUCCAGACUACCCAGUCUCAAACAUCAAGAUCGUGGAAAGCAAUCUCAGAUCCCUGGCUUUGGGCUGUAUAAUUAAUCUUGCGUAUGGAGAGAGGGAGGGAAAGAGAAAGGGAGGAUUGUGAAUGAACCCGUGGAGGCGUCCAGUGGCGUCUUUAUGCAUCAGCAAAGAGGAGGUGAAAAACUACAGUCUAGACUUAAUUCAGUAACUUAGCCUUGUUAAGUAUGCUCCACUAAUUCAAGAUACUUUAGAGUGAUUCUCUGUCUUGCUUGUGCUGACUCUUGAGUUUUCACAUCAUGGGUUCAGAAGCCUGAAGAAGCAAUCCAGCAAGACUCCAACCACCUCUUGACAAAGUUACCAUUCACCCACAUCAGACGUAUCCCUACGCCAGGUAGUUUGACAGUACCAUCUGACUGGUGUCUGGCCUGGCUGUUGUCUCUGUGGUGAAGCCUCCGGCUGUGGUUUGCUAUGCCUGUUCCCUGUGGGUCUGUCUGGGUCAGAGCGAGGGCGCUGCCACUCCGCUGAGGUUGGUCUGCCUGUCUUCCAGCCUGCCGCCCCCAUGAGCCACGCGGGCACCCUACAGAGACGCACCACCUACCUCAUCUCCCUUACCUUGGUCAAGGUCGAGGCUGUGGGGGGUGAUGGAGGGUCCAUCGGGCCCCAGCCACAACGGACCCUUGCUCUGGGGAGAGCAGGAGUGGAGGGCCCAGAGGAUGAGGAGGAUGAGGAGCUGAGCAGGACCACUGAGGAUGAGGGAGGACAUGCAUGUCCCGAGGGGGACACAGAGAUGGAGGAAGAGGAGCAGGAGGACUUUGGGAGGCCUGUUCAGGAGAGGGAGAAGCCUGAGAUGAAGGCGAGAGAGAGUCGUGGUCCAGGCUCCUCAAAAGAUGUCACGUUGGGGACUAAGAGCAAGGAGUCUCCCCUCUUACCGAAGAAUGUGAAAGACCAAGUGAAGGGACUUGCAGGGGUGUCAGAUGUCCCCUCAGUGGGAGGGCUGAGGAGAGAGGGAACCCGCCCUAAAACAGAGCUCUAUAGGGAGCCACCCAUGCUGUUUCCAAGGGGCGAGGAGGUGAUGGGCAACCCAAGCAACACCCUCUCCCGGGGCAGCAUGCCCAUCACCGUACCGCCCAGGCUCAUCCAGAGACCUGAGGUCCUGAUGAGGUCACAUGCCGGGGGCGGUGCUGUAAGCCGGCGGGAGUUGAGGGAAGCCAAUCAGAGUAUGCCUCCAUCCGCCAAGAGUCUGGACCGCAAAGACAACCGCAUAGGGGACCGGUCGCCAAUGACAGCUGCUGUGGCUUCCCUGGGACCUUACCGGGCGUCCUGGGCGGACAGUGACGGCAGGUCCACCCUCCUUCGCCAGGGGGCCCCCGUGGGGGGAGGGUUUACGGACGUGGUGACCAGGGAAAGCCCCCGAGGGGACCGGCUGAAGACAGGCUCCACCUCCCUGCCAGCCCAACCCACCCCCCAGAUGUCCAAGCCGCCGAGGAAGGGCAAGAGCCGCACUCUGGACAACAGUGACCUGCACUCCCUCUCUGAGGACCUGAAGAAAGGGAAGGACAGCCAGGGUCAGGGGGGGACCACCCAGCGCGCCCCCGCCCGUGACCGCAAGAUGCUCAAGUUUAUCAGUGGGAUCUUCACAAAAAGUACAACUGCGCCUCCCAGCUCCAACACAGCGCCCCCUAUCUACACGCCCGUUCAGAGGGGCUCUAGUGAGGAGGAAGGUAAGAUAUCGUCCAUACCCAACUAACCACCAUUCCCCCCCACCAGGGCUAGCUGCCCUUCCCAUUCCAUUUCAGACUUUAUUAUGGUUUGCCGUACCAUCUUACUCUAAUGGUUUACACAAUGCUAGUGCAGUAAGCAGGUGCUAGUGCAGUAAGCAGGUGCUAGUGCAGUAAGCAGGUGCUAGUGCAGUAAGCAGGUGCUAGUGCAGUAAGCAGGUGCUAGUGCAGUAAACAGGUGCUAGUGCAGUGUGGUCUCAUUCUAGAUGGUUGUCCAUCAUCAGUCCCUAUUGGCCAGAAAACCUCACACUGUAGGUCAGGAUGCACUGUGCAAGGAUGUGGUGAAGAAAAGGAGGUUGAAGACCUUGAAGAGAGAGGGCAAGCCUUGGGCUGCGUCCAAUAUGGCACCCACCCUAUUCCCUUUACAGUGCACUACCUUUGUCCAGAGCUCUAUGGGGCCUGGUCAAAAGUAGUGCACUACAUAGGGAAUAGGGUGCCAUGUGAUGCAUUCUUGGUCAUAAAAGAAGAUGAGGCUUAUAUAUUGGAGUUAUUGAAUGGCCACUAUGCCUCGAUGGACCCUCAGAGAGAAUUGGAAUUACAAUGGGGAAAUUGCAUUAUGCAUUAUAAUCCGUUCACACAUAGUCACAUACUGUAUAUAAUACAGAAGAUAUCACUUGAAUGAUGAUGCAUUCAUGUGAUACAGUAAAAUGAGCACAUCCACUCAAAGGUCCAGUUGGGUGUUAGGCAUGAAAGAGGUUGAAUAAAGAGAGAGGACAACCUGCAUACGCUUCUCCUGCUCCCAAGAGUAAUGGUUCCGCCAAUGAAAACCUACUUGGCCUAAAUUUCUCUCCAACUCCAAGCAGUCACAAGAAAACGUGAGAGAGCCCACCGUAAUCAAAUAUUCAGAUUUCACUCUAUUUUGCGAAUGUGCUGUUGUAGACGUGUGUGAUGAAGGAGUAUGUAGGAUUGGUGUAAGUGCUGAAUAAUUUGUCAGGAGUAAGUGGGACAUGAAUAAUUAAGGGUGGGAGUACACAGAGCUGUGUUCUUCUGAAGGGGAGGAGUGAGGGGGCAGGGGUGAGGGAGGGAGGACGGAAAGGGACCCUUCCUGCUCUGCUUGCAGAGUUAAUCAACAUCCAAAUCAAACCCAUUAACUCAAUGACUCCACAUUGGGAUUGGGUGAACAAGAGAUACAAAGCCAUUUACAUUUUGGGGGGCAUUUCAGUUUGAUUGCAAAAUAUUUUAUUGCAGAUGGUGUCAAUCAGAGUUUGGGUAAGGUAAUUCAGUUCAUGAAAAAAAUCAACAUUUUGGGAGAUUUUCAACGUUUGAAUUGUAUUUUGUUAACUCAGUAAAUAUGAUGUCUGUCUUAUAUCCAUAUCAUCAAUAUUAAUCAAUAUAGUAUGUGUGUUGAUUUACAAUUGUGUAAAUGUGUUCACACACACACACACACACCACUGUAUGUAUGAGAGCAUUUAUUGUGCUGAGAGCCAGGCAGUUUCUGGAAGAAGGGUUGCCAUGGCAACAGCAAGCGGCAAUAGAUGCUAUUUGGUUGGCGAUGUGACGCUGGAAAGGGGGGGUUAGAGAGAGUGGGGUAAUGGAGAGAGGGAGAUACCGAUAGACAUACAGACAGACAGAAAUUGUCCGGUGGGGGUUGGGAAGGGUACCAGGAUUUUGUUUAAAUGUAAUCUCUCCUGAGAGCAAGAGUGGAAGAAAGUGGUGGCUGUGUUACCAUAUUGUCACUGAGGUGUGGCUGGUGCGCACAGCAAAGCACAGGCAAUAUAUAAUGUGUGUCUGUGGAGACUCCCUCACUGCUGGUGUGUCCCCACAGAGAGAGGAUUCAGUGUCUGAAAGGAUCACACUGUCUGACUGGAGUUGGCUUCAACACAGCUUUACCUCCAAAGGCCCUUUUGAUUGAGGCAGUGUCAUCAUUUAUAUGGCCGUUUGCAUGUGUGUGUGUGCGUUUGUGUGUGUGUGUGUGUGUGUGUGUGUGUGUGUGUAAGAGGCUGUUUGUUGCCCAAAUCAGGAAUAUGUCCACAGUUGUGUGUGCGCGUACGUUUGUGCUUGUGUCCAUGUACAAGCGUAUGUGUGUGUAUCUGCAGCCCUGCAGAAUGAAUCUGCUUGUUCAUCUUUUGAAGCUUUUUAUUUCCCAUCCAUAACUUCAGUCUUCUUUUAAAGGGGAAGUUUACAUAAAAUCUAACAUUUCCCAAUUGAUUCCAUACAUUGAAACUACACUGAAUAAAAAAUAAACGCAACAUUCAACCAUUUCAAAGAUUUUACUGAGUUGCAUUUCAUAUAAGGAAAUCCGUCAAUUGAAAUAAAUUCAUUAGGCCCUAAUCUAUUGACUUCACAUGACUUACAUGUGUACAGAUAUGGAUCUGUUGGUCACAGAUACCUUUAAAAAAAACUGUAGGGGCGUGGAUCAGAAAACCAGUCAGUAUCUGGUGUGACCACCAUUUGCCUCAUGCAGAGCGACAUCUCCUUCGCAUAGAGUUGAUCAGGCAGUUGAUUGUGGCCUGUGGAAUGUUGUCCCACUCCUCUUCAAUGGCUGUGCGAAGUUGCUGGAUAUUGGCGGGAACUGUACAUGCUGUUGUACACGAGCAUCCCAUACCAGAGCAUCCCAAACAUGCUCAAUGGGUGACAUGAGUAUGCAGGCCAUGGAAGAACUGGGAAAUGUUCAGCUUCAAGGAAUUGUGUACAGAUCUUUGCAACAUGGGGCCGUGCAUUAUCAUGCUGAAACAUGAGUUGAUGGCGGCGGAUGAAUGGCACGACAAUGGGCCUCAGGAUCUCGUCACGGUAUCGAUACAUUUUCAUCGAUAAAAUGCAAUUGUGUUCGUUGUCCGUAGCUUAUGCCUGCCCAUACCAUAACCCCACCACCACCAUGGGGCACUCUGUUCACAACGGUGGACAUUCCUGCAGUCAGCGUGCCAAUUGCACACUUCCUCAAAACUUGAGACAUCUGUGGCAUUGUGUUGUGUGACCAAACUGCACAUUUUAGAGUGGCCUUUUAUUGCCCCCAGCACAAGGUGCACCUGUGUAAUGAUCAUUCUGUUUAAUCGGCUUCUUGAUAUGCCACACCUGUCAGGUGGAUGGUUUAUCUUGGCAAAGGAGAAAUGCUCACCAACAGGGAUGUAAAGACAUUUGUGCACAACAUUUGAGAGAAAUAAGCUUUUUGUGCCUUUGGAAAAUUAUUUCAGCUCAUGAAACAUGGGACCAACACUUUACAUGUUGCUUUUAUAUUUUUGUUCAGUAUAGUUAGGUGGAGUUUUCUUCUCCCCCUCUCUCCCCUUGCAGUCUAACCCUGUGUUGUUUAGGGUCCCAAAUGGCACCCUAUUCCUUGUAUAGUGCACAACUUUUGACCAGGGACCAUAGGGCUCUGGUCAAAAGUAGUGCACUAUAUAGGGAAUAGGGUGCCAUUUGAGAUGCACACAAAACCUUGUAAAGGAAUUUCACAUUUAUUCUAUGUGUGCUCUACUGCAUAUUGUAUUCCCAUUAGUCUUCAGGCCAACAUCUGAGCAAAUGCACUCUUAGGUCCUGUGUGGCUCAGUUGGUAGAGCAUGGCGCUUGCAAUGCCAGGGUUGUGGGUUCAAUUCCCACGGGGGACCAUUACAAAAAAGUAUGAAAAUGUAUGCACUCACUACUGUAAGUCACUCUGGAUAAGAGUGUCUUGCUGAAUGACAAAAAUGUAAAAUGUAAAUGUUAUUGAUUGACUCUGUCAUGAUGAGGAAUGGGAUUGGCAUCCACUUUCAGGAUCUUACAGUACCUACUAGUCCUCUUCUUCUCUGCUAUGCAGUAGUGUGACUUGACUUGAUCCUCUUGGCCCCCAUGUGAGCAUAGGGUGUCCUCCAUGAAUCUCCACCUCCCUCUUUUCUGUGUGAUGGCUAUUGCGUAAGUAUAUAGAUAGAAAAUUAUGUGACUUCAAUACAAGUCUCUACUCAUUGGCAGUUACCUGUUGUGAGGACCCCUGUCUGUGCUUUUCAGAUAUUAUUGAACACCUCUGGGUGAUGCAGUGAAAUAACAUUUACCCAGUAAUUAUGAUGCUCGGAGGACAUCCAAGUUCUCAUUCCACUGUGGACACAGAAAUGUUCUCUCUCUCUCUACACCUCAUUUUUCAGCUUUCUGCGCUGCAUCAAAAUGAUGGUGAAAUCUACUGAGGCUUGUGUUUUGGAUGAAUAAAACUUUUGGAUGAAUAAAACUAAUGGAGAAUGUUUGGUAAUCAUCUCACAUACACGCUCAGGCACACAUACGUACACACACGUGUACACAAACACGCGCACACACACAACCACACACACACUGGCACGCUCGCUCUGCCUCCGUCCACAGAGCUGCUAAUGAACUUGAGCCUCACUACUGAGCCUGUGCAAUUAAUUUGCACUCGUCCUUCGCGGCUCUACCUCAUUCACUUGCUCCCUCUCUCCGUCUUCCCUUCCCCCCUUCCUCACCUAACACUGUAGUCUGUGCCAUCUGGACCUGUGACAGGGUGCGUAUGGCGCGGCACGGCAUUCCUCACAGCUUCAGAGUGCUGUAGAGCGAGACGGCCGGUGACUUUGAAAGUUUCCCCUGUUCUAAGCAGGCUGUAGACAGGAGGCAGAAAGGGAGAGGGAACACGUGAUCACGACAUUGACCUUAUGUUUUAAUCAGUCUCCCUCUCUCUCUCUCUCUCUCUCUCUCUCUCUCUCUCUCUCUCUCUCUCUCUCUCUCUCUCUCUCUCUCUCUCUCUCUCUCUCUCUCUCUCUCUCUCUCUCUCUCUCUCUCCUCUCUCUCUCUCUCUCUCUCUCUCUCUCUCUGUGUCCACAGCGGCGUGCGCUAAUAGUCAAGAAUGGACCUUCAGUCGAACCGUCCAAGAGCUCCGUCUGGUGAGAGUGAUGUUGUUGUCAUUGCUGUUGUCAUACCGCUGGAAUAGGAAAUGGGUGUAGUCUUGUUUCUGCUUCAACAGAGACAACGACAGUGAUAGUGUAUAAUGGAAUACUGUGAUGAUAAUAGUAGUAAAUAGAAGUAGCUGUUGUAGAGUAUGAUAAACAUGUCACUAUAUUAGAAAGAGUGGGGUAAACAUAUCCUUCUGUGUAUGUGUCCAGGGGGUGUUGGGAGGUCUCCGCAGUGGGAAGUCAGCCCUGGUCCACAGACACAUGAGCGGGAGCUACCAGCCCAUGGAGAACCCAGAAGGUGAGUUUGACACAGCGUUAAUUUUGGCACUCUUUUUUUAGAUUUAGUCUUGUCUUAGUCAUUUUGACUAAAAUAUCAUUACGUUUUAGUCAAAGUUUUGUCAUUUGAAUAAUGAUUUAGUCUGGUUAUUGUCAAAAUGACAAAAACAGUGGGCCAUUUUAGUCAACUAUAAAUGCAUUUAUUUUGCAUCAUUAACCUAUAGUAAACAUAAAUCACUGACUUCCAUGUGCACAAACAUACUUAGCCUUGUCCUACCAACAUAUUGUUCUGCAUAACAUCCUAUCGCAUGAUUCUCUUCCCAACAGCCAAAUUUAGCAGAAGAACACCCCUUGACAUACUGCAGCUAUAUUAUAAUCAAAGUUCUGUCAUAAGUAGUGGUCUGAUAGGUUGCUGCAAACUAACUAGCUAGCAUUACCAAUCUGUUAUUACCUGAGCGUAUAUAUUGAGAUGAUGCACUUUCAGAUGUCUCUUGAGGUUGGUAGUAUUUUUCCGCAUCAGCUUGUGGGUGCAAACACUGUCUUCCACCUAGCUAUAUUAAGAUGAAUGUACUUACUGUAAGUCGCUCUGGAUAAGAGCAUCUGCUAAAUGACUCAAAUGUAAAUUGAGACGUUGCAUUCGGUCUUGUUUGAAUCAACACGAUAAUAAAGUGGCUCCAAACAUUGCCCCCUUUGUUUUUUAUUCUUUGGUGCUUUUUACCCCUUUUUCAGUGGAACCGUCCAAGAGCUCCGUCUGGUGAGAGUGAUGUUGUUGUCAUUGCUGUUGUCAUACCGCUGGAAUAGGAAAUGGGUGUAGUCUUGUAAAUUGAGACGUUGCAUUCGGUCUUGUUUCUCCCCAAUUUCGUGAUAUCCAAUUGGUAGUUACAGUCUUGUCCCAUCGUUGCAACUCCUGUACGGACUCAGGAAAGGCGAAGGUCGAGAGCCAUGCGUCCUCCGAAACACGCCCCCCCCAAGCCGCACUGCUUCUUGACACACUGCUCGCUUAACCCGGAAGCCAGCCGCACCAAUGUGUCGGAGGAAACACUGUACAGCUGGCCACCGAAGCCAGCGUGCAUGCGCCCGGCCGCCACAAGGAGGCGCUAGAGCGCAAUGGGACAGGGACAUCCCAGCCGGCCAAACACUCCCCUAACCUGGACGACGCUGGGCCAAUUGUGAGCAGCCUCAUGGGUCUCCCGGUCGCGGCCGGCAGCAACACAGCCUGGGAUCGAACCCCUGAUCUGUAGUGAUGCCUUAGACCGCUGCGCCACUCGGGAGGCCCACUCAUUGCCCCCUUUUCUACCGGGAGCUUUACCACCGGGAGAGUAGCCAAGGCGUGUGCCUUAUUUGCAUCAAUGAUUUGUUGCCGCCAAAUUGGAAAAAGGUUGCUGGGCAGAGAGGUGACUCGUGAAUGACCUGGACAUGGUAUUUAUUUUCCACUAAUAACAGCAUUCCAACAUUGCAAUGAGAAAGCCUUACAAUUAUGUCAUGUAUGCUUUUGAUGGGACCAAACAAAUAACACUGAAAAGCUCUCAAUCUCUCCAAAAAUUCUUGUCCAGUCCACUUACUAGUCAGAUUUUAGUCACAGAGAUAAUUUCGUCCCGUUUUCAUCAAACCGAAAUGAAAAAUAUUUUUUUCUGGGUCUAUUUAGUCAGUUAUAGUCUCGUCAAUUGCCACGGGAAAAAUAGGUGUUUGACUAAUAUCUUUGUCACUAUUUUCGUUGACGAAAUGAACACUGGUUUGACAUCAUACCGUGUACUUAAGCCUUAAGGCAUUCCUGUAUAGAAAAUACUACUGUAUCACUUUCUUUCUUUUCUUUCUUUUCUUCUUUCUUUCUUUCUUUUCUUUCUUUCUUUCUUUCUUUCUUUUCUUCUUUCUUUCUUCUUUCUUUCUUUCUUUCUUUCUUUUAUUUCUUUCUUUCUUUCUUUCUUUUCUUUCUUUCUUGUUCUUUCUUUCUUUCUUUUCUUUCUUUCUUUCUUUCUUUCUUUCUUUCUUUCUUUCUUUCUUUCUUCUUUCUUUCUUUCUUUCUUUCUUUCUUUAUUUCUCUCUCUCUCUCAGGGGGCAGGUAUAAGAAGGAAGUACUUGUUGAAGGCAACAGUCACAUUUUGCUGAUCAGGGAGGAGACAGGACCCCCGGAUGCACAGGUAGGUGGAGGCUUUACUGACUACAGACUGAUGAGUAGUGAGUCCCCCUUAAAGCACAUGGAGUUGACAGGGGUUCACUCUGACACAGUGAUAUGAAUGAAUAUGUUGGACUGUUUAACUCUUCUCACCUGUUAUUUUUAUGUUCUCCUCUGACAAUUCUCUCUUUCACUUAUUCUCUCCCCAUUUGUCUCCUCUUCCGUCCCCCCACCUCCCCUCCUCUCCCCUACCCCACCCUACUCUCCCCUCCUCUCCAGAUGGCUAGCUGGGUGGAUGGGGUCAUCCUGGUCUUCAGUCUGGAGAACGAGGCCAGUUUCCAGGAAGUGUACAGGAACUACAGCGAGCUUGGCAUCCACCGUAACAUCGCUGAGAUCCCCUUCAUAGUGGUGGGAACCCAGGGUAAGACCCCACCCAUACCCACUCUCUAUGACAGGGGUGUGCAAACUUUUUCAGCUUGAGACCCAAAUGAGAAAUCGACUGUCCUCCCGUGACCCAAAUUGUCCUAUAGAUGCAUUCUCAUAACUUGAUGCCCACCUCUCACAUGUCCAGGGCCCACUUUGGGUCCCGACCCAUAGUUUAAGAAACCCUGCUCUAUAUUAUACUAAAGAUAGCAUCUGUAUGUGUUUAUAAAGGUUUAUUAAGGUUUUCAAUGGGAUGUAGUUGAUGUAGUUCCUCCUUCCUCCAGAUAAAAUCACCAGCACCAACCCUCGGGUGAUAGAGGAUGCCAGGGCUAGACAGCUGUGUUCAGACGUGAGGCGCUGUACCUACUACGAGACCUGCGCUACCUACGGCCUCAAUGUCAACCGCGUCUUCACCGAGGGUGAGGACACACACACACACAAACACACACACUGCUCCUUGUUCUGUUGUUUCAGUACAAUGUAGCUGGAAUUUGAAUCAAUAAACCAAUUUGAAAUUCAUCUAUAGCGGCAUCUAGAAAGAUGACUGUCUAAGGAGAGUAAUGUUUGUAUUUGUCCUCUCUCUACUUACCACAGCUGCCCAGAAGAUCAUGGCAGUGAAGAAGCAGGCAGCUCAACUGGCCUCCUGUAAAUCCCUGCCCAACUCCCCCAGUCACUCUGAAGGCUCUACCCCAGUGUCAGGAGUCUUCCCUGGGCAGGUACAGCAGCAACUCUGGCCUCUAGUCCUUCAUACUGGAGAUAAGACACUGGUCCAAAUUAAUAGGAUGGUACUGUUUGACCAGAUUUUUGGACCCGAUUUUUCCACAUAUUCAGCUGUCUUUCUUUGCUCUAUGUAAUCUCUCUCUUUUCUCCUUUUUGCUGUCUGGCACUUUCUGUUUCUUUGUUUUUGUUUCUCUCGCUCUCUGUGUGUGUCUCUCUCUCAGGCCAGUAACGGUGGUCAGAGCAGUGACUACUCAUCCUCCCUACCCUCCACCCCAGUGAUCAGUCAUAAGGAGAUUGGUGGGGCAGCAGGGGGGGAGAGGCUGGGCAACGCCACCCCAGGGUCUGUCCGCAGUGCCAACCGGCGACGCACCGGCUCCCGCUUCACGGUAACAUACCAACCAACCACACACACACACUUUUACUGACUUAGUUUCCUCAUUGACCCAUCCAUAAGGUCCCCUGUGCUUUCUUUGAAAUGUAAUCUUCUUAGCUCUGUUCAUGGAUUAUAGUCCAUCUCUUGUGCCUUUUCCUUCACUCUCAGUCUGUAUAAUAGUUCUCUCUCUCUCUUUCUUUCUUUCUUUUUUUCUUUUUUUUUCUUAGGGGGUAGAUCAGCUUUAAUAUUUCAGAUAGAUUGUAACUUCCAUCAAUGCAAUUGUCUGCAUCACUUCCAAUCCUCCAUAUGGUUUUUUUCUCGCAAAUAUAUAUAUAUAUAUAUAUAUAUAUAUAUAUAUAUAUAUAUAUAUAUAUAUAUAUAUAUAUAUAUAUAUACAGUGAGGGAAAAAAGUAUUUGAUCCCCUGCUGAUUUUGUAAGUUUGCCCACUGACAAAGAAAUUAUCAGUCUAUCAUUUUAAUGGUAGGUUUAUUUGAACAGUGAGAGACAGAAUAACAACAAAAAAAUCCAGAAAAACGCAUGUCAAGAAUGUUAUAAAUUGAUUUGCAUUUUAAUGAGGGAAAUAAGUAUUUGACCCCCUUUCAGUCAGAAAGAUUUCUGGCUCCCAGGUGUCUUUUAUACAGGUAACGAGCUGAGAUUAGGAGCACACUUUUAAAGGGAGUGCUCCUAAUCUCAGCUUGUUACCUGUAUAAAAGACACCUGUCCACAGAAGCAAUCAAUCAAUCAGAUUCCAAACUCUCCACCAUGGCCAAGACCAAAGAGCUCUCCAAGGAUGUCAGGGACAAGAUUGUAGACCUACACAAGGCUGGAAUGGGCUACAAGACCAUCGCCAAGCAGCUUGGUGAGAAGGUGACAACAGUUGGUGCGAUUAUUCACAAAUGGAAGAAACACAAAAGAACUGUCAAUCUGCCUCGGCCUGGGGCUCCAUGCAAGAUCUCACCUUGUGGAGUUGCAAUGAUCAUGAGAACGGUGAGGAAUCAGCCCAGAACUACACAGAGAAUCUUGUCAAUGAUCUCAAGGCAGCUGGGACCAUAGUCACCAAAAAAACAAUUGGUAACACACUACGCCGUGAAGGACUGAAAUCCUGCAGCCCCGCAAGGUCCCCCUGCUCAAGAAAGCACAUAUACAGGCCCGUCUGAAGUUUGCCAAUGAACAUCUGAAUGAUUCAGAGGAGAACUGGGUGAAAGUGUUGUGGUCAGAUGAGACCAAAAUCGAGCUCUUUGGCAUCAACUCAACUCGCCGUGUUUGGAGGAGGAGGAAUGCUGCCUAUGACCCCAAGAACACCAUCCCCACCGUCAAACAUGGAGGUGGAAACAUUAUGCUUUGGGGGUGUUUUUCUGCUAAGGAGACAGGACAACUUCACCGCAUCAAAGGGACGAUGGACGGGGCCAUGCACCGUCAAAUCUUGGGUGAGAACCUCCUUCCCUCAGCCAGGGCAUUGAAAAUGGGUCGUGGAUGGGUAUUCCAGCAUGACAAUGACCCAAAACACACGGCCAAGGCAACAAAGGAGUGGCUCAAGAAGAAGCACAUUAAGGUCCUAGAGUGGCCUAGCCAGUCUCCAGACCUUAAUCCCAUAGAAAAUCUGAGGAGGGAGCUGAAGGUUCGAGUUGCCAAACGUCAGCCUCGAAACCUUAAUGACUUGGAGAAGAUCUGCAAAGAGGAGUGGGACAAAAUCCCUCCUGAGAUGUGUGCAAACCUGGUGGCCAACUACAAGAAACGUCUGGCCUCUGUGAUUGACAACAAGGGUUUUGCCACCAAGUACUAAGUCAUGUUUUGCAGAGGGGUCAUAUACUUAUUUCCCUCAUUAAAAUGCAAAUCAAUGUAUAACAUUUUUUGUUGUUGUUAUUCUGUCUCUCACUGUUCAAAUAUACCUACCAUUAAAAUUAUAGACUGAUCAUUUCUUUGUCAGUGGGCAAACGUACAAAAUCAGCAGGGGAUCAAAUACUUUUUUCCCUCACUGUAUAUACAUACAUACACAUAUACACAUACAUACACACACAUACACACACAUAUAUAUACAUACAUACAUAUAUACAGUGGAGAGAACAAAUAUUUGAUACACUGCCGAUUUUGCAGGUUUUCCUACUUACAAAGCAUGUAGAGGUCUGUAAUUUUUGUCAUAGGUACACUUCAACUGUGAGAGACGGAAUCUAAAUCAAAAAUCCAGAAAAUCACAUUGUAUUAUUAGACUUUCAGCUCCCUCCAAAGAUGUUCUAUUGGGUUGAGGUCUGGAGACUGGCUAGGCCACUCCAGGACCUUGAGAUGCUUCUUACGGAGCCACUCCUUAGUUGCCCUGGCUGUGUGUUUUGGGUCGUUGUCAUGCUGGAAGACCCAGCCAUGACCCAUCUUCAAUGCUCUUAUUGAGGGAUGGAGGUUGUUGGCCAAGAUCUCGCGAUACUUGGCCCCAUCCAUCCUCCCCUCAAUACGGUGCAGUCGUCCUGUCCCCUUUGCAGAAAAGCAUCCCCAAAGAAUGAUGUUUCCACCUCCAUGCUUCACGGUUGGGAUGGUGUUCUUGGGGUUGUACUCAUCCUUCUUCUUCCUCCAAACACGGCGAGUGGAGUUUAGACCAAAAAGCUCUAUUUUUGUCUCAUCAGACCACAUGACCUUCUCCCAUUCCUCCUCUGGAUCAUCCAGAUGGUCAUUGGCAAACUUCAGACGGGCCUGGACAUGCGCUGGCUUGAGCAGGGGGACCUUGCGUGCGCUGGGGGACCUUGCGUGCGCAGGGGGACCUUGCGUGCUGCAGGAUAAUGUGCUUCUUCUUGAGCCACUCCUUUGUUGCCUUGGCCGUGUGUUUUGGGUCAUUGUCAUGCUGGAAUACCCAUCCACAACCCAUUUUCAAUGCCCUGGCUGAGGGAAGGAGGUUCUCACCCAAGAUUUGACGGUACAUGGCCCUGUCCAUCGUCCCUUUGAUGCGGUGAAGUUGUCCUGUCCCCUUAGCAGAAAAACACCCCCAAAGCAUAAUGUUUCCACCUCCAUGUAUGGUGGGGAUGGUGUUCUUGGGGUCAUAGGCAGCAUUCCUCCUCCUCCAAACACGGCAAGUUGAGUUGAUGCCAAAGAGUUCAAUUUUGGUCUCAUCCGACCACAACACUUUCACCCAGUUCUCCUCUGAAUCAUUCAGAUGUUCAUUGGCAAACUUCAGACGGGCAUGUAUAUGUGCUUUCUUGAGCAGGGGGACCUUGCGGGCGCUGCAGGAUUUCAGUCCUUCACGGCGUAGUGUGUUACCAAUUGUUUUCUUGGUGACUAUGGUCCCAGCUGCCUUGAGAUCAUUGACAAGAUCCUCCCAUGUAGUUCUGGGCUGAUUCCUCACCGUUCUCAUGAUCAUUGCAACUCCACGAGGUGAGAUCUUGCAUGGAGCCCCAGGCCGAGGGAGAUUGACAGUUCUUUUGUGUUUCUUCCAUUUGCGAAUAAUCGCACCAACUGUUGUCACCUUCUCACCAAGCUGCUUGGCGAUGGUCUUGUAGCCCAUUCCAGCCUUGUGUAGGUCUACAAUCUUGUCCCUGACAUCCUUGGAGAGCUCUUUGGUCUUGGCUAUGGUGGAGAGUUUGGAAUCUGGUUGAUUGAUUGCUUCUGUGGACAGGUGUCUUUUAUACAGGUAACAAACUGAGAUUAGGAGCACUCCCUUUAAGAGUGUGCUCCUAAUCUCAGCUCGUUACCUGUAUAAAAGACACCUGGGAGCCAGAAAUCUUUCUGAUUGAGAGGGGGUCAAAUACUUAUUUCCCUCAUUAAAAUGCAAAUCAAUUUAUAACAUUUUUGACAUGCGUUUUUCUGGAUUUUUUUGUUGUUAUUCUGUCUCACACUGUUCAAAUAAACCUACCAUUAAAAUUAUAGACUGAUCAUUUUUUUGUCAGUGGGCAAACGUACAAAAUCAGCAGGGGAUCAAAUACUUUUUUCCCUCACUGUAUUAUAGUUGUGGUAUUCAAUUUUGGCCUUCUUUCCAAAAUCAAGUUUUGACUCCAUGAUAUAAUUGUCAGAAUGAUUGCUUGCAUAGGCCAGCACUUGAGGGCCCGCUUCAAAUACAAUUGCAAUUCAGACAGAAUAUAUGCAAUAAACAUUCACACCCCUUGAUUUUUCCAAAUGUUGUUUUUACAGCCUGAAUUUAAAAUAUAUUAAAUUGGGAUUUUUUUGUCACUGGCCUACACACAAUACCCCAUAAUUUCAAAGUGGAAUUAUGUUUUUAGAAAUGUUUACAAAUUAAUUUAAAAAAAGAAAAGCUGAAAUGUCUUGAGUCAAAAAGUAUUCAACCCCUUUGUUAUGGCAAGCCUAAACAAGUUCAGGAGUAAAACUGUGCUUAACAAGUCACAUAAUAAAUUCCAUGGACUCACUCUGUGUGCAAUAAUAGUGUUUACCAUGAUUUUUUAAUGACAACCUCACCUCAUUGAUGCUUGGCAAGCAUAUAAUCCUAAAGCAAAAGAGUACACUUUCUACUCAAACAGGCAUAAAUCAUUCUCACAAAUUGAUUUAAUACUAUUAUCUACACCUCUAUUUUCUUUAAUCAAUAUAUAUAUAUUUUUUUACAUAUGAGCUUGUCUGACCUCACUGUAUGUAUGUGUAUAUAUACAGUGGGGAGAACAAGUAUUUGAUACACUGCCGAUUUUGCAGGUUUUCCUACUUGCAAAGCAUGUAGAGGUCUGUAAUUUUUAUCAUAGGUACACUUCAACUGUGAGAGACGGAAUCUAAAACAAAAAUCCAGAAAAUCACAUUGUAUGAUUUUUAAGUAAUUCAUUUGCAUUUUAUUGCAUGACAUAAGUAUUUGAUCACCUACCAACCAGUAAGAAUUCCGGCUCUCACAGACCUGUUAGUUUUUCUUUAAGAAGCCCUCCUGUUCUCCACUCAUUACCUUUAUUAACUGCACCUGUUUGAACUCGUUACCUGUAUAAAAGACACCUGUCCACACACUCAAUCAAACAGACUCCAACCUCUCCACAAUGGCCAAGACCAGAGAGCUGUGUAAGGACAUCAGGGAUAAAAUUGUAGACCUCCACAAGGCUGGGAUGGGCUACAGGACAAUAGGCAAGCAGCUUGGUGAGAAGGCAACAACUGUUGGCGCAAUUAUUAGAAAAUGGAAGAAGUUCAAGAUGACGGUCAAUCACCCUCGGUCUGGGGCUCCAUGCAAGAUCUCACCUCGUGGGGCAUCAAUGAUCAUGAGGAAGGUGAGGGAUCAGCCCAGAACUACACGGCAGGACCUGGUCAAUGACCUGAAGAGAGCUGGGACCACAGUCUCAAAGAAAACCAUUAGUAACACACUACGCCGUCAUGGAUUAAAAUCCUGCAGCGCACGCAAGGUUCCCCUGCUCAAGCCAGCGCAUGUCCAGGCCCAUCUGAAGUUUGCAAAUGACCAUCUGGAUGAUCCAGAGGAGGAAUGGGAGAAGGUCAUGUGGUCUGAUGAGACAAAAAUAUAGCUUUUUGGUCUAAACUCCACUCGCCGUGUUUGGUGGAAGAAGAAGGAUGAGUACAACCCCAAGAACACCAUCCCAACCGUGAAGCAUGGAGGUGGAAACAUCAUUCUUUGGGGAUGCUUUUCUGCAAAGGGGACAGGACGACUGCACCGUAUUGAGGGGAGGAUGGAUGGGGCCAUGUAUCGCGAGAUCUUGGCCAACAACCUCCUUCCCUCAGUAAGAGCAUUGAAGAUGGGUCGUGGCUGGGUCUUCCAGCAUGACAACGACCCAAAACACACAGCCAGGGCAACUAAGGAGUGGCUCCGUAAGAAGCAUCUCAAGGUCCUGGAGUGGCCUAGCCAGUCUCCAGACCUGAACCCAAUAGAAAAUCUUUGGAGGGAGCUGAAAGUCCGUAUUGCCCAGCGACAGCCCCGAAACCUGAAGGAUCUGGAGAAGGUCUGUAUGGAGGAGUGGGCCAAAAUCCCUGCUGCAGUGUGUGCAAACCUGGUCAAGACCUACAGAAAACGUAUGAUCUCUGUAAUUGCAAACAAAGGUUUCUGUACCAAAUAUUAAGUUCUGCUUUUCUGAUGUAUCAAAUACUUAUGUCAUGCAAUAAAAUGCAAAUUAAUUACUUAAAAAUCAUACAAUGUGAUUUUCUGGAUUUUUGUUUUAGAUCCGUCUCUCACAGUUGAAGUGUACCUAUGAUAAAAAUUACAGACCUCUACAUGCUUUGUAAGUAGGAAAACCUGCAAAAUCGGCAGUGUAUCAAAUACUUGUUCUCCCCACUGUAUAUAUAUAUACAGUGAGGGGAAAAAAGUAUUUGAUCCCCUGCUGAUUUUGUACGUUUGCCCACUGACAAAGACAUGAUCAGUCUAUAAUUUUAAUGGUAGGUAUAUUUGAACAGUGAGAGACAGAAUAACAACAACAAAAUCCAGAAAAAUGCAUGACAAAAAUGUUAUGAAUUGAUUUGCAUUUUAAUGAGGGAAAUAAGUAUUUGACCCCUCUGCAAAACAUGACUUAGUACUUGGUGGCAAAACCCUUGUUGGCAAUCACAGAGGUCAGAUGUUUCUUGUAGUUGGCCACCAGGUUUGCACACAUCUCAGGAGGGAUUUUGUCCCACUCCUCUUUGCAGAUCUUCUACAAGUCAUUAAGGUUUCGAGGCUGACAUUUGGCAACUCAAACCUUCAGCUCCCUCCACAGAUUUUCUAUGGGAUUAAGGUCUGGAGACUGGCUAGGCCACUCUAGGACCUUAAUGUGCUUCUUCUUGAGCCACUCCUUUGUUGCCUUGGCCGUGUGUUUUGGGUCAUUGUCAUGCUGGAAUACCCAUCCACAACCCAUUUUCAAUGCCCUGGCUGAGGGAAGGAGGUUCUCACCCAAGAUUUGACGGUACAUUUCCCCGUCCAUCGUCCUUUUGAUGCAGUGAAGUUGUCCCGUCCCCUUAGCAGAAAAACACCCCCAAAGCUUAAUGCUCCCACCUCCAUGUUUGACGGUGGGGAUGGUGUUCUUGGGGUCAUAGGCAGCAUUCCUCGUCCUCCAAACACGGCGAGUUGAGUUGAUGGCAAAGAGCUCGAUUUUGGUCUCAUCUGACCACAACACUUUCACCCAGUUCUCCUCUAAAUCAUUCAGAUGUUCAUUGGCAAACUUCAGACGGGCCUGUAUAUGUGCUUUCUUGAGCAGGGGGACCUUGCGGGUGCUGCAUGAUUUCAGUCCUUCACGGCGUAGUGUGUUACCAAUUGUUUUCUUGGUGACUAUGGUCCCAGCUGCCUUGAGAUCAUUGACAAGAUCCUCCCGUGUAGUUAUGGGCUGAUUCCUCACCGUUCUCAUGAUCAUUGCAACUCCACGAGGUGAGAUCUUGCAUGGAGCCCCAGGCCGAGGGAGAUUGACAGUUAUUUUGUGUUUCUUCCAUUUGCGAAUAAUCGCACCAACUGUUGUCACCUUCUCACCAAGCUGCUUGGCGAUGGUCUUGUAGCCCAUUCCAGCCUUGUGUAGGUCUACAAUCUUGUCCCUGACAUCCUUGGAAAGCUUUUUGGUCUUGGCCAUGGUGGAGAGUUUGGAAUCUGAUUGAUUGCUUCUGUGGACAGGUGUCUUUUUAUACAGGUAACAAACUGAGAUUAGGAAUACUCCCUUUAAGAGUGUGCUCCUAAUCUCAGCUCAUUACCUGUAUAAAAGACACCUGGGAGCCAGAAAUCUUUCUUAUUGAGAGGGUGUCAAAUACUUAUUUCCCUCAUUAAUAUGCAAAUCAAUUUAUAACAUUUUUCACAUGCGUUUGUCAGGAUUUUUGUUGUUGUUUUUCUGUCUCGCACUAUUCAAAUAAACCUACCAUUAAAAUUAUAGACCGAUCAUGUCUUUGUCAGUGGGCAAACGUACAAAAUCAGCAGGGGAUCAAAUACUUUUUUCCCUCACUGUAUAUAUACAUCCAUACACACACAUCCUUUUUAAAAUUAUAUUUCCCUUCAUUACUUUCCAACCCCACCACCCCUUCCCCAAUUGGAGUAAACUAGUGAACAACAACGCUUAGGCCUCUACUUCCAGCCCAUACAUACUAUUUACAUUUUAUGGACACAGUCAAAUUCUACAAUAAUUAUAUUUUGAUUGGUUUUACUCCUGAACUUCCUCCGAUCAUUUUCAUGAUGUCCAUCUGGUUUCUUUCUUUCUUUCUUUCUUUCUUUCUUUCUUUCUUUCUUUCUUUCUUUCUUUCUUUCUUUCUUUCUUUCUUUCUUUCUUUCUUUCUCUCUUUCUCUCUUUCUCUCUUUCUCUCUUUCUCUCUUUCUCUCUUUCUCUCUUUACCUGUUUAUUCUUGUUGUUUGUCUUGUGCCAUGUCUGCAGGGCCGUAGGGGUAGUGACUCAGAGAGGAGGAGUACAGACGGUAAGACAGGAGACCUGGGCAGUGGACGCUCCAUUCCCAUCAAACAGGUAGGUGACAGACAGUACAUCCUGUAGGAGCUGGAUGCUCCCCUCUGUAGAGAGGAACUCACAGUAAUCUAUAGGAGCUCACCACAGACAAUGAACUAACAUCAUGGAGCUAGGAGAGGGAUUUGACUUACCUUUGAGAAUUUUGUUGAGGAGGAUUUUGUGGAAGCCUGCUAGGCUCUUUUGGCAUAAGGACGAAGGAUAAUAAAGAACAGAUAAAGAAUGUGUCUUAUCCUGGUCUCCUCUCCUCUAUCCCUCAUCCCUGUCUCCCUCCACCAGAGUAUCCUGCUGAAGCGCAGUGGGAACUCCAUCAACAAGGAAUGGAAGAAGAAAUACGUCACGCUGUCCAACAACGGCAUGCUCUCCUAUCACUCCAGCGUCAACGUGAGUCAAUGCACUGACACAAAGUGCUACACUAUAUUCCAGCUGUUUGUAAUGACACACAUAAAGAGCUGAUCAGGGACAUACAUUUAUGAUAGAGCUUCCACAUGACCUGACAGGAAAAACCUCUGGCUCUAUGACAAAGACUUUGGAGUAUGGUUGGAUAUUGAAUCCCAUUGAAUCUCAGAGUUGGCUACAGUGUUAUAGUUUGUGUAACCUGCUGAACCUGAUGAACACUGUAUUGAAUCUCAGAAUGGGUUUGGACCAUGCUACAGUGCCACUAUAUAUGUUUGAAAUAUCUGCUUUAAUGGUUGGCCUUUCCCCCUGACCUGGCAGGAUUACGUGCAGAACGCCCAUGGGAAAGAGAUGGACCUGCUGAGGGUGACUGUGAAGGUGCCAGGGAAACGCCCGCCCCGCGCUGGUGCCGUCCCUUCCUGUGGCCCUCCGCCCGGCCUCAACGGCAUGGUCAAAGAUGUCCAGGGGCCUGACGGGGCCAGCGCGGGUGAGAGGGGCUCAAAUAGGGGUGUGCCGACAUGGCCAUACUCGUAUUUGUAAUUGUAUCUGUAAAUUUACAGUUGAUAGUCGGAUCUGAGGAUAUUCGUGAUCGGAAAAAACGUAAGUGUUUUAAUAUGCCUAAAUAGAUGUUGGCAAAAUACUCACUGCAAAAAAGCUGCAGAUUAGGAGCAACACGCGGAAGAGGUGUGUGUGUGUGUAGUCCCGUUUAGCUCAGUUGGUAGAGCAUGGUGCUUGCAGCGUCAGGGUUGUGGGUUGGAUUCCCAUGGGGGACCAGUAUGAAAAAAGUAUUAAAAUGUAUGCACAAAAUGUCACUCUGGAUAAGUGUCUGUUAAAUGACUAAAAUGUAAAUGUAAAUGUGUCUUUGUGUGUGUCCUCAACUUGCAGCGAGCAGCCAAGUUUGCUGUCACUCAGUCAGAAUGCGCAUCAGUGUUUCAUAUUUUUUCCCUACUCUUGCCCCGCUUGUUAGAUAUUAUGCACAUUAAUAGCUUGAUAGCAAACGUCCUGGCCAUGUGAUUUAUUAUAGUAGCAGGCAGCAGCAAUCUAAAUGAUCAGACCGAAAACAUGCAAGGAAAUCUGAUUGGGUGGAAUUAUGAAGGGAGUGGACGGAGAAAUACAAUUUCACUCUAUCCAAUCAGAGCAGCAGGAUCAACGUACAGCCCUCCCUUCUCUUUACAGCCAGCCAGUUGAGUUAUUUAGACCACGUAGAACCUUGUACAUGACUGACUAGCAUGAGAAAGAUGCAUGCUGGCAUUUGAAAAUUACUUUUUUUUCCGAUCACGGAUAAUUACAAAAAACACUUAUAAUCGUAUCUAGAAAAUUGCCCAUAUCCGUUACGAUACUCGUUUUGUCCGACCACUCGGCACAUCCCUAGGCUCCACAAGGACAGCCAAUCUCUCUCUUUAUCCCUUUUUCUCUCCCCUUCUAUUUCUCCUUCUCUCUGAACCUAAUCUAGUGCAUACUCUCUCUAGCCAUCUUGGUGUCUCAUUGUUUUGCCAUCAUUCUCCCUGUAACGUAUUAUUUUUCAAACCUUUCUUUCAUCCAUCUCUCUCAUUGCACUUACAGUGCCUUUGGAAAGUAUUCAGACCCCUUGACUUUUUCCACAUUUUUGCCUUAUUCUAAAAUUUAUUAAAUAAAACAUUUUCCUCAGCAAUCUACACACAAUACCCAUUAAGCAUGGUGGUGGCAGCAUCAUGCUGUGGGGAUGUUUUUCAGUGGCAGGGACUGGGAGACUAGUCAGGUACGAGGCAAAGAUGAACGGAGGAAAUUACAGAGAGAUCCUUGAUGAAAACCUGCUCCAGAGUGCUCAGGAACUCAGACUGGGGUGAAGGUUCACCUUCCAACAGGACAAUGACCCUAAGCACACAGCCAAGACAACGCAGAAGUGGCUUUGGGACAAGUCUCUGAAUGUCCUUGAGUGGCCCAGCCAAAACCUGGACUUGAACCCGAUCAAACAUCUCUGGAGAGACCUGGAAAUAGCUGUGCAGCAACGCUCCCCAUCCAACCUGACAGCGCUUGAGAGGAUCUGCAGAGAAGAAUGGGAGAAACUCCCCAAAUACAGGUGUGCCAAGCGUCAUACCCAAGAAGACUCGAUGCUGUAAUCGCUGCCAAAGGUGCUUCAAAAAGUACUGAGUAAAGGGUCUGAAUACUUAUGUAAAUGUAUUAUUUCAGUUUUAUUUAUUUAUUAUAAAUUAACAAACAUUUCUAAAAACCAGUUUUUGCUUUGUCAUUGUGGGAUAUUGUGUGUAAUCAAUUUUAGAAUAAGGCUGUAACUUAACAAAAUGUAGAAAAAGUCAAGGGGUCUGAAUACUUUCCGAAGGCACUGUAUGUCAUAGAACAGAAAUAAUAACUUGACAACUUUUUUUGUGAUCUACAUUACAAUAUCUAUACAUUAUUUGCUUUGAUCACUGAAUUGUCAUGAGUGUCUUUAUGUAAUAUCUCUUUGAAAUGUGAUGCUCUCUCCACCAAAGUCCCUGGUAGUGGUAGUACCCUCCUGCCAGUAGAGGAGGGGGCGGGAGGAGGGUUGUCUCCUGGGGGGAACAGAGGGGUGCAGCGCUGCCCCUCUACUCUCUCUAACAAGGCCCAAAGCGUGGGUACGUACAACACUCUGGUCCUCUGUGGACUUAUCUUAUUUGAGUCAUUGUGGAUAUGAGUUAUUUUUGUACUAUUAUACCAUAUGGCACAAACUUAUUUCCUGUGGUUGUGUGACUGUGGCAGACUCUGCCAUCGAGGGGGUGUCCAGCCCCUCCUCCUCUAAAGAUACAGGCCCCGCCUCCCCAAUGGUUGACAGGAAGAAGCAUCGCAGGAAGAAGAGCAUGAACCAGAAAGGAGACAUAGCCAUUGGCCAAGCAGAUGGUAAGCUUCCAACACAGUGUAUACAGGGUUUAGUGAGGUGAAACAUUCAGAACAUUGCAGAUAUAAAUGUAUGAUAUUCAAUAAAAUGUAUGUGAGAUCAGAUGAUCCCUACUCAUGACAGAUAAUCAUAUCUGUUCUACACAUUACAUUUCUAUCUGAACACUGCACAUUAAAUUCUGCCACCGUAUAGACUUUGGAUGAGGAAAAACUUCAUUUGAGAGUGAAUCAGAAAGAGGUCAAUACUGAACAGAUGUAUAAAGAAAAAGCUUAGUCUCAUCUCAGUCUUUGCCCUGCUGCUAGAAUUUCUACUUAUUCUCUCCAAAAUAUCAGCCUUUAUCACUUUGAUCUAUUGUCUCUCCCUCUCAUUUCCUCCUGUGCUCCUUUAUUCUCUCUCUCUCUCUCUCUGCUUCCCUGGGAUGUCUGAUCUGCUAAUCUCUUACCCUGUAGCAAAGCGCAAAAUGUGGAAACUAAAAAGCUUUGGUAGCUUAAGAAACAUAAACAAGACAGGUAAUGAGGAACUCUCUGUCUGUCUGUCUGUCUGUCUGUCUGUCUGUCAGCCCUGUUUGUCUGUCUGUUUCUGUCUGUCUGUCUGCCUGCCUGCCUGUCAGCCAUGCUUUUCAUCCUGUCUGUCUUGUCUGACUGUCUGCUUUUCUGUUUGUCAAUUUUUCUGUCACUGUGUCUGCUUUUAUUGAGCAGCCUCUUGAGCCUGUCUCUAAGAUAAAGCACCUACUGUAUCUCCAUUCAUUAAAAGAUUUCUCUCCAUAUACUCCAUACAUCUUCAUUUGUCCACCAUGACAGCAAUGCAAUAUUGCAUGCCGAUGUCUACUUAGCAGGUACUUGUUGUUUGGAGAUCCACCACCAAUCAUCAUUGUGAUGGAGGAAGUAACCCUCUGAACCCACUGUGUGGUACUUUGUCAUAAGUUUAUCCUGCAUGUGACGUGAUUGGACCCAAUGUUGUUUUCCUGGUCAGGUCGCAUGGUCAGGGAAAAACUCAGGGCCCUAUUUAUCAUGAUUUGACUGUCUCUAAUACAAGCCUGUGUACUAUAUGUGUUCUGUUAUCAGACGAGGAUAACUUUGACUUUCUGAUCGUGUCGAGCACGGGCCAGACGUGGCACUUCGAGGCCCAGAGUGUGGAGGAGAGGGACUCCUGGGUGACAGCCAUCGAAAGCCAGAUCCUGGCCAGCCUGCAGCUGUGUGAGAGCAGCAAGAACAAGGCAAGGAUGCAGACGUACACACACACACACGUACACGCAGACACACACACACACGUACACGCAGACACACACACACACACGUACACACACACACACACGUACACACACACACACACACACACGUACACACACACACACACGUACACGCAGACACACACAAAGACACACAAACACACAUGCACACACACACAAACACACACACAAACACACACGCAUACAUGCACGCACACACACACACUGUGGAAAAAGUGUUUGUGUUGGAAACCAGCCGUUACUGAGGAGACUAAUUGUGCGUGUGUUCCACAGGCUCGUAAGAACAGCCAGAGUGAAGCUGUGGCACUGCAGGCUAUCCGUAACGCCAAGGGCAACAGCCUCUGUGUGGACUGUGAAGCACCUAGUAAGUCAUUUAUUACGGAUGGUUGUGUCUCUCUGUGCUGCUCUCUUAAUAUCUCUCUAUUCUCUUUCUCUUUCCUUUCGUGCUCUGUUGCUUUUUCUGCUUUCUUGGUUUGUCAUCCAUCUUACUGAUGUCAUUGAGCUUGGUUUUCAGUGUGGGUGGAACCCCCUCCGUUCUCCAUAUCCUUCCACUCUUUCUCCCAUAUAAAUCCUACCCAGAAUAAAGCUGUAUUGUAAUACCGGUACUCUAAUCCCAUCUCUGUAUUUCCUCUCUGUUAAUCCUAUGCAUGCACUGUACUGUACACGGUUUAGUCUAUUAUAUAGUCUGAUCCCAGACCUGCUGUCACUCCUCUUUCAGACCCAACGUGGGCCAGUCUGAACUUGGGGGCUCUGAUCUGCAUUGAGUGUUCAGGGAUCCACAGGAACCUGGGCACCCACCUGUCCCGUGUCCGCUCUCUGGACCUGGACGACCUGCCCAGAGAACUCACCCUGGUGCUGGGCGCCAUCGGCAACCACCUGGCCAACAGCAUCUGGGAGGGACGCACGCUGGGCCGUCGAAAACCCACGCCCGACGCCACCCGGUGAGGACUGGGGGACAGGGGAGAGAGACACUGAGGGACAGAGUAUAGGACACAUAAUGUGUGAAUAAGUGGCAAGUUGCUGGACUGCAGUUGCAGUAUUAGUUGUAGUUGUUGAUGUUGUAGUUGUUGUUGUUGAAGAGGAGGCAGUUGCAUUGACAGAAGUGUUAGAGCUAGUAGUAGAAAUAGGAAAUGUGAAGAUGUCUGACUACAUACACAUGCCUGUAUUCACACUCUCUGUUCCCUUGGUAACCGUGUCUCUGUAACUGUGUCUGUGUGUCUCUGUAACCAUGUGUGUCUGGUCCCAGAGAGGAGCGGGAGUCAUGGAUCCGGGCCAAGUACGAGCAGAGGUUGUUUGUGGCUCUGCUGGCCCUGCCCUCCCUCUCCCCCAGCCAGGGGUUAGAGGUCAACACACUCUCAGCCAGUCUUCUGGCGGCCGUGAUGGAGAGGGACCUCCCCCGCCUGCUCCUCCUCCUGGCCCACAGCAACAAGGAUGACAUCAAUGCCCCCCUUCCCCCAGGGGGUCACCUCUCUCCACACCCCCCUGCUGCCUCCCCCAGCUCUCCCCUGGGGGGCUCCCCCCUGCUGCCUUGCUCCGCGCUGCACGCCGCCUGCCAGCUCGGCGACGUGGUCAUGACCCAGCUGCUGGUCUGGGUGAGAGAACGUCCCUCCUCAUCUCUUCAUCCUGCUUUUACAUUUUUUUGUCUUCCAUUCUGGGUUUGAGGCAUCAUGACGUCAUGCCACUACAGUCAAAGAAUGGCAGAAAUAACUUACAUAAUGUAGUGGGGUGGGAAUCACACAGAAGUGACACUUGACCAAAAACAGCUAUACAUGUGUUUUUUUUAUCCACUACGAAUUUCAACUGAAUCUUAUUGCCCUCUCUCAUUCUCCCCCUCUCUCUCCCUGGUCGCAGUAUGGCAGUGAUGUGAGGUGUCGGGACGCCCAGGGGCAGACAGCCCUCACGUUCGCACGUUAUGCUGGCAGUCAGGAGUGUGCCGACAUCCUCCUGCAGUACGGCUGCCCCAACGAGCCCGCCCCCUCGGUUGCCACGACACCAAGCCUCUCUGUUGCCACGACACCAAGCCUCUCGGUUGCCACAACACCCAGCCUUUCCCGCAAGAGCAGCGCCGGCAGCCUCAGUCGCAGCAGCUCCAGAAGAGCAGUGUCUUAAUGGGACAGGGGUUAGAGAACACUGUGUGUGUCUCUGUGUGUGUGUGUGUGCGUGUAAGAGAGAGAGGUGGGUAUGUGUUGUUUGGGUGGAUGUGUGUGUCAGUGUGUGUUAGAAUAUUGGUGUGUGUGAGGUUGUGUGGGUGGUGCAUGUGUGUUUGUAAGCAUAUGUAUGCCAGGGUGGCACUAGUUGAAGGGGGAGGCUGUGUGCUCACAGUGUCCUCUAAAAAGGAACUCAUAAAGUCACACCAGGAUGUAGUCACAGACCAAAAGGACUGAAUGGACAAGCAGCCAAUACUGUCACCACCGAGAAGGCAGAGUUCACUCUUACCUGGCUCUGUGUGUGUGUGUGUGUGUGCGAGUGAGAGAAUCUACUCAGUGGCUACCUUGUCCCCACUAUGAAGCUGAUGAUCGACUCUUCCAGGUGGGAACUUUGACCUGCCAAAAGCUGUGCUACUGCUACACCACCCCCCCCGUGCACGGCACCUUAGUAACACACAGACAGAAAGACAAAGGGAUAAUGUAAUGACAAGCGCUGGGGCCAAAAUGGUGGCCCGUGCUGUAUGCUGACUUGGGUUCAUGCCCAAUCACAUCUCUCAAACCACAGGGCUGGGAGAGGAAAAUGAACCAGAGGUACAGAACUGCAAUAAUUGAAUUACCAGUGUGAGACAAUGGAUUUGUCGCUCUUUCUCACACUACUGUACCUCUAGGUGCUUGGAAUCCCAUGAUAACAGACUACAAAAUGAAAACGGGAAGAUGGUUUCCGUUCUCGGUGGCAGAGAAUGUCAGUUUAAAAUUCAAUAUAAACAUUUCGAUGGUUAGGUUGACGUGAAGUGGAACAGGUUAACUCAAAAUGCAGCUAAAUCUAUGAAGAUGCUACAUUAUGAUAAAAGGAGUAUGAGGGGGCUCAUUGAAUCCUCUGAAUGGCAUUGUACUUACUCAUACAGAAACUAAACAGUGGAGCCAAGACCAACACCAAUUGCUAGUUACUGAACAUUGCUCAGCUGAGGUCAAAUUCAAAAUAAAUACUGUCCGACAGAUAUAGGAUUUGUAUUUUAAGAAUUUAGAUCAAAAUAAUAAUUGUAUAGAAAGACAUAUAUUAAAUUGAUAUUAUUACUUUACUUGUCAUAGUCAUCAAUAUUGAGAAGUACUUCAUGUUCAAGAAUGUUAUUGUAUGUUCUGAAGUUUGUAUGGUAGGUUCUUGUUUGUAAUACACAGGGGUUACUCUUAGCUGUUGAGAGAUUCAAAACUGUGACAGAUUUUGUGAUUUAUUUUAUUUGGCAGUCAUGUGAAAAAGUAAGUACACCCCCUUGGACACAUGGAUAUUUGAGCUAAAUUCCAACCACAUUAAUUCAUAAAGGUAAUCCAAUUGAACAAAUCACACACAAAAAAAAUGUUACUUUGAAAAUGUUAUGCAAUUAAAAUAAACAAAAAUGCAAUUUCCUUAUGCGGAAAAUAUUAGUACACCGCUACCUUUACCAUCACAUAAAAUGGCAAAAAUUUGAAUCAGGUGCACCAAAACAGGUGAAAAUCAUUAGAGAGUAACUUGGGAGGGUCCAGCCUUCCAUAAAGAUUAGAAACUUGGUCUGGUUUGGUCUUAACAAUAUGGGUGUGUGGUAACACAGCAUGCCAAGAUCAAAAGACCUAUCCGAGGCCCUCAGAAGAAAGAUUAUUGAUGCCUAUGAGUCUGGGAGGGGUUACAAAUCCAUUUCCAAGCAAUUCGAAAUACAUAAUUCUACUGUCCGACAGAUCAUCUACAAAUGGAGAAAAUUCAAGACCAAUGGCAAUCUACGUAGGCCAGGUCGUCCAACCAAAUUCAGCCCAAGAGCUGGGCGAAAGAUGCUCAUAGAAGUCUCUAAGAAGCCCAGAGUAACAUCAAGGGAUCUACAGGCCUCUCUUGCCACAAUCAAUGUUGAAGUGCAUGAGUCAACUGUCAGAAAGAGACUGCAUAAACUUGGCCUACAUGGGAGGUCAGGAAGGAAGAAGCCUCUGCUCUCAAAAAAGAAUAUGACACGACUGACGUUUGCCAGACAACACCUGGGUAAAGACCAAAACUACUGGAACAAUGUGCUCUGGACAGAUGAGUCAAAGGUGUAGUUGUUUGGCCCCAAUGCCAGACGCCAUGUUUGGUGAAAACGAAACACUGCCUUUGAACAGAAAAACCUCAUACCAACCGUAAAGCAUGGAGGCGGUGGCAUUAUGGUUUGGGGCUGCUUUGCUGCCUCAGGACCAACUUGCCAUCAUUGAGUCAACCAUGAAUUCCAUAUUGUACCAGAUAAUUCUUGAGGAGAAUGUGAGGCCAUAUGUCAAAAAGCUGAAGCUGAACCGAACAUGGAUCUUGCAACAGGACAAUGAUCCAAAACACACAAGCAACGCUACAACAGAAUGGCUCAGAAAUAAGAAAUGGAGGGUUAUGGAAUGGCCGAGUCAAAGCCCAGAUCUCAAUCCUGUCGAAAUGCUGUGGGGGGACUUGAAGCGGGCCGUGCAUGCAAGAAAGCCCUCGAACAUGACAGUUGAAGUAGUACUGUAAAGAAGAGUGGGCAAAUUGCAGAAUUGCAUUUCUGUUGUUUUUUUAUUAAUAAAUGAUUGCAAAGUAUAAUCUUUCAGUGUAAUUUGUUAAAUUAGGUUACCUUUAUCUGUCAAAAGUGUUGAAGUGAAGAUUACAUAUCCAUCUGUCCAAAUAUGUACAAAAAAAGACAACUUUCCAGGGAGUGUACUUACUUUUUCACAUGACUGUAUCUCCAUGACAUCACUUUGAGAUCCAAGAUGUAGACUUGUAAUGUGUGUGCAUAAUGUGUGUUUCAGAAAUGAGAAAAAUUGAUAUACUGUGUAGUCGUAUGAAAGAAUAGAGAGAGAGAGAGAGACACCCACUAGUGCAGUUGCUCUAUGUCCUAUUUUAGCUGAACAGAUGAAAUGCCUUCAGUUUGAUUGAAUGUAUUGCAAAUAUUGGGAAUGUUUUGGUGAACUGCCACCUCCAAAAGAAAAAGGGGUUCAAAACCAAAAGUCACAGACGUCAUUCGAUUAUCAUUCCAACUGUACAAAAGGAUAAUUAGUAAGAUAAAUCAUUGGCCUUGUGCUGAAAAUGAAAAGUUAGCUAGUGGCCACAUUAGAGACUAUCAUAACACCACAAGGAACAUGUUGCUUGAAUAUUGGGACUUACAAAUCUACUGUAGUAUGAUCAUACCGCUAGUCUUUUUUAAAAAAUGAAAAUGAAAAUCUCCAAUGACUUUGUGUCUGUAAAUUGUGUAAGCUUCUCUCUUUUUUUUGCAGUGUUUUUCUACUCAUGUACAUGAUUCAUGGCUCAUUCAAGUUAGCUGUCAAUACAAUUACUGUCCAACCUGUGGUGUUUUAUUUAUAGAUUUGGGG